CAAUUUCGGACCAUGUCGCGCCAGUUGAGUUUUAAUCCGCGAAAGGAAUACGAGUUGAUUGAAUAUCCCGGCAAAGUGGUAAAUCCGGAUCGGAUGAUAGCCACUCUGGGCGGGAUUAUCAAUGUGUCCAAGGUGCUUGGCGAUGAGGUAAAGCGCAUGGCGUUGCACUUCCAUCCGGAGAAUCCCUACAAUAAACCCACUUUUGGGGACUGCACGGAUAAAACUGGAGUUCUGCUUUCAAUAACUGUGAGGCGUCACAAAAAGGACAAGCAACGGCCUCCGGAAUACUUUGUCCGGGUUUUGGGCCACUGCAGCAGGAGUUUCACCUUCGAAACGCUUUGUGAUUUCCAAUACUUGCCUCUUUGGUCCACACCAAAAAGCGACAAUGCUAAGGCUGCCCAGGAGCUCACCUACGCUUUGGAUCAAUUAAAACCCAGGGAUACAUCCGAUUUGGACUUCUUCAAACGACGUCACAAUCAGGUGCUGGCCCUGCCCGAAUUGUUCACCCACGUGGACGUGGUCUACUCGGGCACCUAUCGCAUCGAUGGCUCGGAGGACGGCCAACAGGAGGUGCUGGGCGUGCAGUCCAAGUCCACGUACGACAACCAGGGCGUGGUCUCGUUCAACAUGGUGGACAGUUUUCCCACCCAGGCGGACUCGCAGAACCUCAAACGCCUCAAGGUGAAGUACGUUUCCGAUGAGCAGUUGACCCUGGUCAAAAAGCUGUUCGAUGACUGCCCCAUUUGGACCAGGAUUGCCCUGCAAUAUGAAUCCGGCCUGACCAACGACAAGCUGAAGUGCAUCACACCUUCGCUGGCGUUUUACUUUAGCAACGGUCCGUGGCGAACUUUAUAUGUGCGCUUUGGCUACGAUCCUCGCAAGGAUUUCAAUAGUCGCUACUACCAGACCUUCGACUUUCGGCUGCGAUUCAGCACCGGCCUCUCGGAAUUUGUGUAUGCCAAGAAAUUCGUGAAGCAACGCAGGGCGGCAAAUGUUCCCUUUGCUCCUAUCGAGGAUCGCGUCUCCGAUUUGGUCCAGGACAUUGACUAUCCCUACCUGGAUGAGCACAAGUUGCCACGUUCUCGGCAGUGCAUGCUGCGUUACUGCGACGUCCGGAUGACGAAGAUCCAGGAAAUGCUGGAGAAGAUUCCCACACCGCUUACCGGAGCCGUUUGCAAUGAGCGAACCGGGUGGCUGCCGCCAGGAUUCGAUGCCCAGGUGCGACAAAUUGUGUGUGCCAGCAUUAGCGAACUGUUGCGCAAUCAUUACCGCAAGGAGAACCUCACGGCGGAGGUGGAAGCGGUCACGCAAGCCGACGAUGAGGAGGAGGACGAGCCCGAGGACGAGGAGACGCAGGAGGAGGAUAUGGAGCUGGACGAGACGCAGGCCAUGAACAGCUCGGAGCAGUUCGUCGACAACGACAUCGAGCAGCUCUUUGAUAAUAUCACAAGCUGAGUCGAGCACUGACUGAAAUAAAUGUAGCUUAA